AUGACGUCCUUAGAUCAAUUUGUUGGAAAUAUUCGACAAUUAUCAAUAGAUGGUAAAUUUAAUGAUUUAGCACAAACAUUAACAAAUCCAAAUAUGGAUCAUCUUAGUAAAAAUAUACAGCAUAUUGAUUCAAUUAUUGCUACUUUUACUUUACCGGAACAUUCAAUGUGUAUGUUAGCUGGUUUACAUGCAAUUAUAAAAGCACCAAAUAUACCUGAGUUUGAUUUAUAUCUUACACAAGUUGAUACAUUUAUUCAAACAUGUUCAGCUGAACAAGUUCAUUAUUUACCUCAAUAUCUAUGUGAAAUAUGUCAUGUUAUUACAGAACGACUUCGAAAAGAAAAUCGAGCUCGAUUUGGAAUUCCCAUUCUUUAUCGAGCUAUUGAAUUACUUCGUCGUGAACCUGGUCAAUUACUUUCCAUACAUUCUGAUCUCUAUCAACUUUGUAUUCUUUGUCAAUGGUUUGAACCAGCAUUAACUUAUCUUGAUAUUGAUAUAAUUGAUAUUAAUCGUGAAAAUGGUAAAUUUGAUGUUAAACAUCUUUUACUUGCUUAUUAUUAUGGUGGAAUGAUUUAUGCUUGUAUAAAACAAUUUGAUCGUGCAGCGAAUUUUUUUGAGAAUGUUAUUACUGUACCAGCUACAGCAACAUCAGCUAUUGUUAUAGAAGCUUAUAAAAAAUAUGUUCUAGUUAAAUUAAUAUCUGGUUCAGCAUCAAAUAAUCAAUUACCAACAUAUACUAGUCGAACAGUUCAACAAGCAAUAAAAAGUUUAUGUGGUACACAAUAUACAGAAUUAUUUAAUAUAUUUAAUAAUGGUACAUUAACACAAUUUGAUGAAUUUGUUAAUCAUCAUCGAGAACAAUAUGCACGUGAUAGAAAUUUAGGUUUAAUAAAACAAACACGAAAUGCAUUUAUAUGUAAUAGUAUUCAACAAUUAACAAAAACAUUUUUAACUGUCUCAUUAAAAGAUCUUGCUAAUCGUGUACAACUUCAAUCAACAAAUGAAGCUGAAAAAUACUUAAUUGAUAUGAUUGAAAAUGGACAAAUAUUUGCAUCAAUUAAUAAAAAAGAUGGUAUGGUUAUAUUUCAUGGUUCACCAGAAAAAUUUGAUGCUAAUAAUAUGUUAUCUAAAUUACAAGAUGAAACAGAAAAACGGAUGUUAGCUGAAAAACAAUUAAGAGAAUUAGAACGACAAAUAUCAUUAAGUAAAGCAUAUAUUCAACGCACACAACAAUCAAGUCCUUAUCAUGAUCGUCCAAAAAUACUUAAUUAA